AUGGAUCCUUCACUAUAUAGCCAAUGUCAAUCACUUCUUGCGAGUAUAAACACACAAUGCACAACAGGUCAAGCACAUGGCUUCAUGUCAUCGUCAAUCUACGACACUGCCUGGCUGUCUAUGCUACGCAAACCUGGGUGUAAAACUAACUGGUUGUUUCCCGAAUGUUUCGACUUCAUACUUCGAAGUCAGACUCCAGAUGGCGCCUGGGAGUCAUACAGAUCAGACACUGAUGGCAUUUUGAAUACUGUCGCUGCGCUUUUGUCGUUGAGAAAACAUCUAAGAGAAGUUCCAGAUAACCAGGACUGGAUGUUCAGAAGCCGACAAGCUGAAUCAGCACUCAAGAAGCUACUCAACGACUGGGAUAUUACAUCCACUGAUCAAGUCGGGUUUGAAGUUCUCAUAAUCAAGCAUCUCAUUUUGCUUGAGGAUGAAGGGCUCGUUUUCCAGUUUCCGGGGUUGAAUGCCCUGAGAGCUUUACGGGAUUCAAAGCUUGAAAGACUCCCAAUAUCUAGCGGUGUUAUUGAAUUUGACAAACUCGGGCGCUGGCGUGGUAACGAUGGCUCUAUGUGUGGCUCCAUAGCAUCAACUGUGGCAUAUCUAAUGCAUUCGUCAACUUGGGAUGAAGAGGCCGAAUCUUACCUGAGAAAUGCCCUAAAGUAUGGAACAGGGGAAAAGGAUGGAGGUGUACCUAGUGCCUGGCCAGCGACGAUCUUUGAAGCCUCCUGGGUCGUCGCAACGUUAGCAGAAGUUGGAGCGCCUAUUAACGAGAUGUUUCCAUCUAGCAUUGGCGAUUACCUAGAAAAAACGUUGACUUCAAACAACGGUACCAUUGGGUUCUCUCCUUCAGCUGUCCCUGACGCAGAUGAUACAGCUAAAACAAUAAUUGCCCUGCAUCACCUGGGCAAAGCUAUCAACGUUGAGCCCCUAUUACAGGCAUUCGAUUCAGCUGACCAUUUCAAGACCUACAAAGGGGAACGCAAUCCAAGCUUUAGUGCGAAUUGCAAUAUCCUUGCCUGUUUGAUGAUAGUCGAAGAUCCGACGCCAUACGGAGCCCAGAUAGCAAAAGCCGCUAGUUUUCUUUGCACUCAAGUAUUCAGUGGAAACGUCAAGGAGAAGUGGCAUUCGGAGGAGCUGUAUUGGAUGAUGCUCCUAUCUCAGGUUUUCGUAAGACUGGAACAACGCACACGAGAUGAAGGUGAAGGUCUUCGUGAUGAAAUAUUCACAAGAGCACCCCACCUCAAACAACACAUCCCCAUGAUCUCGUUACAAAUCUUGAUCAAAACACUUAGUUCUCAGGAAUUGAACGGCUCAUGGGGAAAUAUAUGCGAAGUCACUGCAUAUGCAAUCCUGACACUCUCGUCGAUAGCACAGCUUCCAUGGAUCCAACAGCUACAAGAUUACGAGAUCAUGGCGAGUAUCAACCGAGGAAAGUCAUUCCUUGAGCUUCAUCGAGAUCAAUGGAGCAAAGGGCACUAUCUAUGGAUUGAAAAAGUCACAUUUGCGUCAAACGUACUCUCCGAGACUUAUUGUCUUGCCGCUGCUAUCACCCCUGUCAUGUCCUCAUUCCAGCCUCCGCUGUCGCAUGCGUUUCUAUUGCCGACUAGCAUAAUAAGUGGUAUUCGGGGCGCAAUGCGCCUCAUAAGUCAGAUGCCAUUGAUUUCCGGAACGAAACCCGGCGCUCUAAAGGCAGCAGAACUAUUAGCUGCCUACACAUUCUGGUCGUUACAAGACCAGCGGCUGGAUAUAUUCCCUCGAUCAGGAGACGAGAAAGCAGAUCACAAGUAUAAAAUCUUUACACCAGCAUUGUGGGCAGCUUGUACUACACUACACGGUAACGCCAUCACCCUUUCAGCUCUGUGCGAGAUGGUUACAUUCUCUGGAAGUAUUUACCUGAUCGACGAAUAUAUGGAAGGUGUCAUAGAAAGGGAUUUUGCGAACCAUCUCCCAGAAAUCGGCACGCUAAUCAAGCGGUUAUGUAGUAACCUUCGUGCUCCUGGUUCCAGUCAACUCAAUGGGUAUGAAUUAGAAAAGUUUCUUCAUAAUGGGCUGGAAUCUGGAGACUCUUCUGCAUUCCAGGACGUAAAAACCGCCCUAACUCGUUACAUCAAGUAUUUCCUACACAACCAGGCCGUCCUCAAAAGCUCCGAGAGGUUGCAGCAGAUACUCGCCUAUGAACUUGAGGUAUUCCUUCAGGCUCACGUUGAUCAAGCCGUGGAUAACCAGCGUUUCGCACUACAGCACGGCUACCGUGCCUCGAUAGAUUCAAUUGCUACUCUUUCUUCUUCAAUGCCGCUGGAGUAUGCCAACCCCGGGCGAACCUUCUACAGCUGGAUUCGAAACACAUCUUCGAAUCAUAGCUCGUGCCCGUUUUCCUUCAUCUUCUUCAAUUGUCUAAUAUCAAAGCCCGGGGGGGAUGUUCUCGAGACGGCAAGGCCCGCUUACCUUGCUGAAGACCUCUGCCAUCGUCUUGCUAAUCUUUGCCGGAUGUACAAUGACUACGGGUCAACUGCAAGAGAUCAAGACGAAGGCAACCUAAACUCGGUGAACUUUCCGGAGUUUCACAACAGUAUAAGAGAUGGGCGAGGCGACGGGCAAGAUAUCAAGGACCAGCUCAUGUGGAUUGCUGAAUAUGAAAGGGAGGGGCUUCGAAAUGCGACCGUAAAGCUGGAAGCUGAGCUGCAUGAUAAGGGGUUGAUGGAUGCCCUCAAGGUAUUCAUCGAUGUCACGGAUCUUUACGGGCAGAUAUAUGUUCAGAGAGACCUCACCUCUCGAAUCAAACAGCCCACUGUGUAGCUAAUAUCAGGGAUGAUACGAUCGUUCUAGGGAUAGGGCUUUCAGCCAGAUAACUACUUGAAUAUCCCUUAAAUAUAGGGGUUAAACUUCCAAUCAACACCAAUCAUCCAUAUACCAUCAAGUC